AUGCCCAACCACUUGAAUCCAGACAAUUAUUCAGCCAGUGGAAACAAGGACAACCCUUGGAUAGUUUCUACAGUGAACCAAGUUGAAGAGGUGAAGAUGGUAAUAAAGCUCCUUCCCAUCUGGUCCACAUGUAUCCUCUUUUGGACAGUCUACUCUCAAAUGACAACUUUCAUGAUUGAGCAAGCCACCUUCAUGAACCAAAAAAUUUGCUCCUUUGUUGUUCCUCCAGGUUCUCUCUCUGUCUUCCUCUUCAUCUCCGUUCUUCUCUUCACUUCCCUAAAUGAAACGAUCAUUGUCCCAUUUGCUCGGAAACUCACCCACAAUGUCAAAGGAGUUACAAGCCUUCAGAGGGUUGGAAUUGGACUCAUUUUCUCAAUGGUGGCUAUGGUAACUACUGCUAUUGUUGAAAGGCAAAGGAGGGAAGCUGCUGUUCAACACAAGACUAAAAUCAGUGCAUUCUGGCUAGUACCUCAGUUCUUCCUAGUGGAUGCUGGGGAAGCCUUUGCUUAUGUAGGACAACUAGAGUUCUUCAUCAGAAAGGCACCAGAUAGGAUGAAAUCAAUGAGCACAGGACUCUUUUUAAGCACCCUUGCAAUGGGGUUCUUUGUUAGUAGUUUGCUAGUGUCUCUGGUAGACAAAGUGACCAACAUGAGAUGGCUUAGGAGCAAUUUGAAUUGGGGGAAAUUGGACAACUUUUAUUGGAUGCUUGCAGUCCUAGGAGUAUUGAAUUUCUUGGCUUUUCUUGUCUUUGCAAUGAGACACCAGUACAUGACACUACAGUACAAUAGCUCUGAUGUUUAUGGGGAGAAUGAGCUAAAGAAGGGAUGGAAUGAAGGUAUCACCAGCGAAAUGGAGAAGAAAGAGAGAGUUGAAGGAAAGGAGGAACCUUAG